CAUUAAUCAGUUUCUCUGAGGGAAGGAAAUGACAUCCGGUCCUGUCUUCCUCUACCUCUUGAUUUUUGGAAAAUAUUUUGCUCCCGGGAGCGGGCAAGAUGUCUCAUGCGCCCUGGGCUACUUCCCCUGCGGCAACACCACCAGAUGCUUGCCUCAGCUGCUCCACUGUAAUGGCGUGGAUGACUGUGGGAACCAAGAGGACGAGGACAACUGCGGUGACAACAAUGGAUGGUCUAUGCAACUUGACAAAUAUUUUGCCCAUUACUACAAAAUGACUUCCUGGUAUCCCUUUGUGGCAGAAACAUCUGAAUGCUUGGUCGGUUCUGUGCCCGUGCAAUGUCUUUGCCGAGGUUUAGAGCUUGAUUGUGAUGAGACCAAUUUACAAGCUGUUCCACCAGUUUCUUCAAAUGUGACUUUAAUGUCACUCAAGUGGAACUUAAUAAGAAAACUUCCUCCUGAUGGCUUUAAGAAGUACCAUGAUCUUCAGAAGCUGUAUCUCAGUCAUAACAGAAUAACCUUCUUGAAGCCGGGUGUUUUUGAAGAUCUCCACAGACUAGAGUGGCUGAUAAUUGAAGAGAAUCAUCUCAGUCGAAUUUCCCCACUAACAUUUUACGGACUAAAUUCUCUUAUUCUCCUAGCGCUGAUGAAUAACGUCCUUACCCGCUUGCCCGACAAACCGCUUUGUCAGCACAUGCCCAGGCUGCACUGGCUGGACUUUGAAGGCAACCAUAUCCAUAAUUUAAGGAAUUUGACUUUUAUUUCCUGCAGUAAUUUAACUGUUUUGGUAAUGAGGAAAAACAAAAUUAAUCACCUCAGUGAAAACACGUUUGCACCGCUCCAGAAACUAGAUGAAUUGGAUUUAGGAAGUAAUAAGAUUGAAAAUCUUUCACCACUUGUCUUUAAGGAUCUGAAGGAGCUCUCACAGUUGAAUCUUUCCUAUAACCCAAUCCAGAAAAUUCAAGCAAACCAAUUUGAUUACCUUGUCAAACUCAAGUCUCUCAGCCUAGAAGGAAUUGAAAUUUCAAAUAUCCAACAAAGGAUGUUUAGACCUCUCACGAAUCUCUCUCACAUCUAUUUUAAGAAGUUCCAGUACUGUGGCUAUGCACCGCAUGUUCGCAGCUGUAAACCAAACACUGAUGGAAUCUCAUCUUUAGAGGAUCUCUUGGCGAGCAUUAUUCAGAGAGUAUUCGUCUGGGUUGUGUCUGCAGUUACGUGCUUUGGAAAUAUCUUUGUCAUCUGUAUGCGACCUUAUAUCAGAUCUGAGAACAAGCUGCAUGCCAUGUCAAUCAUUUCCCUCUGCUGUGCCGACUGCCUGAUGGGCAUCUAUUUGUUUGUGAUUGGAGCCUUUGACCUGAAGUUUCGAGGAGAAUACAACAAGCACGCACAGCUGUGGAUGGAGAGUAUUCAUUGCCAGCUUCUGGGGUCCCUGGCCAUUCUGUCCACAGAAGUAUCAGUGUUACUUUUAACAUUUCUAACAGUGGAAAAAUAUAUCUGCAUUGUAUAUCCUUUCAGAUGUUUAAGACCUGGAAAAUGCAGAACCAUUACAGUUUUGAUUCUCAUUUGGAUUAUUGGUUUUAUCGUGGCUUUCAUUCCACUGAGCAAUAAGGAAUUUUUCAAAAACUACUAUGGCACCAAUGGGGUAUGCUUCCCUCUUCAUUCAGAAGAUACAGAAAGUAUUGGAGCCCAGAUUUAUUCAGUGGCAAUUUUUCUCGGUAUUAACUUAGCAGCAUUUAUCAUCAUAGUUUUUUCAUAUGGAAGCAUGUUUUACAGCAUCCAUCAAAGUGCCAUAACAGCAACCGAAGUACAGAAACAAGUUAGGAAAGAGAUGAUUCUUGCCAAACGUUUUUUCUUUAUUGUAUUUACCGAUGCAUUAUGCUGGAUACCCAUCUUUAUACUGAAAUUUCUCUCAUUGCUUCAGGUAGAAAUACCAGGUACCAUAACGUCUUGGGUAGUGAUUUUUAUUCUGCCUAUCAACAGUGCUUUGAACCCAAUUCUCUAUACUCUGACCACAAGACCAUUCAAAGAAAUGAUCCGUCAGUUUUGGUAUAACUACAGACAGAGAAGAUCUAUUGACAGCAAAGGAAGUCAGAAGACAUAUGCUCCAUCAUUCAUCUGGGUAGAAAUGUGGCCCCUGCAGGAGAUGCCUUCUGAGCUAAUGAAGCCAGCUCUUUUCACAGACCCCUGUGAAUUAUCACUCAUUUCUCAAUCAACUAGACUCAAUUCCUAUUCAUAACUGACUGAAAUCUAUUUCUACACAGAGAAUACUGCAGGAUGCUUCAUGAUGGAUUUAUUAGUAUAAAAUAAACACCACAAAAUAAUUUAUAAUAAUGGCUAAAAUAAAUUAGCUUACAUGGACAUGAGGUUAUUUGGGAAAAAAUCAAAAUGACUGAUGCCCAUGUAAAGGGAAAUAAAUUAUAUUGAUAAUGUGUAUAAACUGGUACAUAUUUUGGAUAGGAAACUAAGAGAAAUCUACUUCAAGGUUCAUUCAUUCUUUUACCAUGCAUUUAUUGAGUACCCACUAUGUGCAUGGCACUGCAGUAAAUUCCUGGGAGUAGACACUAUAGAAUCUUUUCAAUUUGCAAUGUUAAAUUGUAUUUAACUACAAGAAUAUAAAAAGUCCAUCUGCAGCUCCUGGUUUAAGGUAGAGCUUUGUCUGUCUUGCUUACCAGCAAAAGUAAGAAUCACAGACACUCUUAAAUAAAGGUUUACAGUUUUGGAAUAAUCAGUAUACUAGCAUCAGAGAAAAUGUCUGAUUAUUAGCAAAGUACAGACAUUUUGUUUUAAGAACUCAUCUUACCUCUCUUCAAGUCUGUAUACUUGAGAGCCAAUAAACAUAUUUAUUACUAUGAAAAAAGAGCUCUGAUAUUAACUCAAAACAGCACCUCUCUGUCACUUCCUUCCCAGUUGUUUUUUUGCUUUAAAUGAGCACCAUUAUAUGAGAUCAUAAAAAGAGAAUAAAAGUAUAGCAAAGGAAUGAAUCAGAAAAGCUAGAACAAGGAUAGACAUUUAGAUCAGUGGAACAGAAGUGAGAGUCCAGAAAUAAAACCCUCAUAUUUAACAGUCAGUUGAUGUUCAACAAAGACGCCAAGACAAUCAAAUGGGGAAAGAACAGUUUUUUCAACAAAUGGUGCUGGGACAACUGGAUAUCCAUAUGCAAAAUAAUGAAUUUGGACCCCUACCUUACCCCAUAUACAAAAAUUUACUCAAAACAAAUCGAAGACAUAAAUAAGACGUGAAUCACUUAGAAGAAAAUAUAUGGGAAAUCUUCCAAACCCUGGAUUUGGCAAUGGAUUCUUAGAUAUAACAACAAAAGC